GAGAGAGAGAGAGAUCUGCAUUAUUCCUCCAGAAGCGGGACUGAGGCAGGAGUCUGUGAUAGAGGAACCACCUGCAGACAGCAGCUGUGCUCUUUCUCCAGCAACGCCUCAACAUGUUACGGAUUUGAUUCCACUGUAUUACCGACAUAUAUUUCCUUCAUACAGUGGGUGAACACACUGGCGUGGAGAUGCAACAGUUUAAGAAUUUAGCGAUUUGUCUCAUUUGCCUUUUAUGCGGGUUGACAACUGGAGGGUCUCCAAGUGUUCAAAUUGGGGGCUUGUUUCCAAGGGGAGCUGAUCAGGAGUACAGCGCAUUUCGGAUCGGAAUGGUUCAGUUCGGAUCGGCUGAAUUUAGACUGACGCCUCACAUCGACAAUCUGGAAGUAGCUAACAGUUUCGCUGUAACUAACUGCUUCUGUUCUCAGUUCUCAAGAGGAGUUUAUGCUAUUUUUGGAUUUUAUGACAAAAAGUCUGUCAACACAAUAACAUCGUUCUGCGGGACACUUCACGUCUCUUUCAUCACACCAAGCUUUCCCUUGGAUGGAAAUCAGCAGUUUAUCAUUCAGAUGCGACCAGACAUCAAAGGACCUCUCCUGAGUCUCAUUGAGUACUACAAAUGGGACAAGUUUGCCUACCUGUACGACAGUGACCGAGGACUUACUACACUCCAAGUUGUGCUGGACACAGCAGCAGAGAAGAAAUGGCAGGUGACCGCCAUCAAUGUGGGCAACAUGAAGGAUGAGAAAAAGGAUGAAGCAUAUCGCUCACUCUUCCAGGACCUAGAAAACAAGAAGGAGCGGAGAGUCAUCCUUGACUGUGAACAGGACAAAGUUAAAGAUAUCAUGGAACAGGUCAUAACUAUUGGCAGGCAUGUGAAAGGAUAUCACUACAUCAUAGCAAACCUGGGUUUUGUGGAUGGAGAUCUUUCAAAAAUCCAAUACGGUGGAGCCAAUGUGUCAGGCUUUCAGAUUGUGGAUUUCGAUGACCCCCUGGUAUCUAAAUUUGACCAGCGCUGGGAAGCCCUGGAGGAAAAAGAAUAUCCUGGAGCUGACAGCAAGAUACGGUACACUUCAGCACUGACGUAUGACGCAGUUCAGGUGAUGACUGAGGCCUUCCGUUACCUGCACAAACAGCGAAUUGACAUAUCCCGCAGAGCUAACACUGGGGACUGUCUGGCCAAUCCUGCUGUACCAUGGGCACAAGGGGUGGAGAUUGAGCGUGCUCUAAAACAGGUGAGAGUUGACGGUCUCACUGGUAACAUUCAGUUUGACCAGUAUGGAAAGAGGGUAAAUUACACAGUCAAUGUCAUGGAACUGAAAAGCAAUGGUCCAGUUAAGAUUGGCUAUUGGAAUGAAGUUGAUAAAAUGGUUGUGACAAAGUCUGAUCUCUUCCCAAAUGAUACAAUGGGGCUUGAAAACAAGACUGUGAUUGUCACCACUAUUCUAGAAGCGCCGUAUGUAAUGCUAAAGAAGAAUGCUGACCUUUUUGUGGAUAAUGAAAGAUAUGAGGGGUACUGUGUGGACUUGGCAGCUGAAAUAGCAAAACACUGUGGAUUUAAAUAUCAGCUGAAAAUAGUUGGAGAUGGCAAAUAUGGAGCCAGAGAUGCAGAGACGAAGAUCUGGAAUGGAAUGGUUGGAGAGUUGGUUUAUGGGAAAGCUGACAUAGCAGUGGCUCCACUGACUAUCACUUUAGUCAGAGAAGAAGUCAUUGACUUCUCAAAGCCAUUCAUGAGUUUGGGCAUCUCCAUCAUGAUCAAGAAGCCUCAGAAAUCCAAGCCUGGGGUUUUCUCAUUCUUGGACCCUCUGGCCUAUGAGAUAUGGAUGUGUAUCGUGUUUGCCUACAUCGGUGUAAGCGUGGUGCUUUUCCUGGUCAGUCGUUUCAGUCCGUAUGAGUGGCACACAGAGGAAUAUGAGGAUGGCCAGAUACAAACCAAUGAGUCAACCAACGAGUUUGGGAUUUUCAACAGCCUUUGGUUCUCCCUUGGAGCCUUCAUGAGACAAGGCUGUGAUAUUUCACCAAGGUCUCUUUCUGGCCGCAUAGUUGGAGGAGUCUGGUGGUUUUUCACCCUGAUCAUAAUUUCAUCCUACACGGCUAACUUGGCUGCCUUCCUAACAGUGGAGAGGAUGGUGUCUCCAAUUGAGAGUGCAGAGGACUUAGCAAAGCAAACAGAGAUUGCUUAUGGAACUUUAGACUCUGGUUCAACAAAAGAGUUUUUCAGACGUUCCAAAAUCGCUCUUUUUGACAAAAUGUGGACGUAUAUGAAAAGUGCAGAGCCCUCUGUAUUUGUGAAGACGACAGCAGAAGGUGUAAUGCGGGUGAGGAAGUCCAAGGGGAAGUAUGCAUACCUCCUGGAGUCCACCAUGAAUGAGUACAUCGAGCAGCGCAAACCUUGUGACACUAUGAAGGUCGGAGGAAACCUGGACUCCAAAGGCUACGGCAUCGCCACCCCCAAAGGAUCCUCAUUAAGAAAUGCGGUUAACCUCGCAGUACUAAAACUGAAUGAACAAGGCCUGUUGGACAAAUUGAAAAACAAAUGGUGGUACGACAAGGGAGAGUGCGGCAGCGGGGGAGGUGAUUCCAAGGUCAGCCCCAGAGAGCAAAGUGAUGGGUAACUCAAUGCAACACUCAAGUAAGCAGCAAAACACACAGGAACCAAAAGUCCAAAGGCGGACAUUUUCGACAACACUGACAGGUUAAGCAUUGCUAACCAUUGCUAGAGGACACACACAUAAACAAAAACACCUAACCUCUCUGAUUGGUCAUUGUGUGCAUGCACACAUCGAUGUUGCCCUUGCUGCUUACUUCAGGCGAUACGUUAAUUCACAUUUGGCUCUGCAAAACUUGCAUUUGCUUAGGCCAAAUGGCGCAUCAACGUCAUAAUCGCUAUGCCAAUAAAGAAAAGAGGAGAGAAAAGGUGAACUCUAAGAGAAAGUUGAUUGUAAUAAUAACAUAAAAUAACAUUGAUAAUGUUAUUUAUGUUAUUUCCCACGUGAAGAACGCCAGUAAACCUUGCAGUAUUGAAACUCAGUGAGCAAGGCACCUUAGACAAGCUGAAAAACAAAUGGUGGUACGAUAAAGGUGAAUGUGGAUCCAAGGACUCUGGAAGUAAGGUUA